AUGGCGCCAGGCCCCGGAACCGCAAGGAGCCAAGGCCCCCCAGACCCAGAGCGCCGCAAGCCGGCCCGCCAGGCCCAGCCACACGGCGGCCGCCGAACGCCGCCUCCCCCGCCCCGACGCCGCCGCGCAGAAGUUGGGGGCGACCCCGGGUCUCCUCCCGGCCCCGGCCUCCCCCUCACCUCCGCCGCGCUGCUCCAUGCUCAGCCCCGGGCCGCCCCAAGCGCUCCACAGGCGCGCCGCCCGGCUCCGGCCCGACCCGGCCGGGCCCCGCCUCCGCCUCGGCGGCGCCCCCGGCCCGGGCCAGUCCCCUCCCGGCCCGAGUGGGCGGCGCGGCGCGGGGGAGGGGUCCGAGGGGCGUCCCCGCCCCGGGGCGCGGACACGCGCAGGCACCCCACGUCACGCGUGUCUGCUGGGGCGCACGCAGGGGCUGCGCGGCGGCGAGCGGGACCCCUCCCGCCGAGUCUCGGUGACUGCGUGUCGGACGGCUCGGUCGGCUGUGGAUUCGGCGGGCGGGUCACCCCCUACCGGAGCCGGGGCCCCGGGGCCAGCGGCAGCUGGUCAUUGUUCGAGCACAAAGGGCCAAGGCGCGGCGCGGCGGCCCCUCCCCCUCGCUGCUCUGAUCGAAGCCCGCCCCAGACACUCUCCAGCUUCAGAGUCCGGAGCGGGAACAGAGGCCUUCACCUGCAGGCGGCCGGGAAGCAGCAGCCUCCGGAUGCGUCCCACCCGGCCCGCCCCCGUCGGCGGUUAUGGGACAGCCCCUCUCCCCAACCCCACGCCAUCCCCGGCCUAGACUGUGGGGCGCCCUGCCGGCUGGGGGUCCGCGCGGGCCGGUGGCGCUGCCCCUGGACUGCAAGGCUCCGGCUGGGUUCCUGCCCCAGCGCGCCCACCUCCUCGUCGCGAGAACGCCGGCUUCCCCGCCCGCUCCGGCUCCGGGCUCCGGGCUCCGGGUUCCGGACGCCGGACGCCGGACGCCGCCGGGAGCCCGCCUUGCCGGACCCGCCGUCCACGGCGUGA